AUGACGUCCCGCAGUUCGAUUUCCCGUCGUCGAACUCAUAGUGAGAGUACUGACGAAUCCAACCCUUCACAGCCCGCCAGCAGUAAACGCCCUCGCCUGAGCCCCACACAGGAGGCCGAAUCCUCCAGCGAGGAGGCAAGUGACGAUGGCAAUACCCCGAAUGGUUCCAGCGAAGAUGAUGCGGCUGACGCAGACGAUACCUCGAUGCCACCAAACCCCCCGGAACCUCUAAAAGCUCAACCUGGAUUUAGCCCCAAUGGCUACAAACCUGGCGCAAUCGUACGCAUCAAAGUGACAAACUUUGUCACUUACACCUCUGCGGAGUUCUUCCCUGGCCCAAAGCUCAACAUGGUGAUUGGACCCAAUGGAACUGGCAAGAGCACUUUGGUUUGCGCCAUAUGUCUUGGACUUGGAUGGGGGCCUGAGCAUCUUGGACGUGCCAAAGAUCUUGGUGAAUUCGUCAAGCAUGGCUGUCGAGAAGCAACGAUCGAGAUUGAACUAGAAAAACACCCGAACGCCACCCGCAACCCUGUGAUCAGUCGCAAUAUCAAGCGAGACGGAAAUAAAAGUUCAUUCACCUUGAACGGGCAGACUGUUUCCAAGUUGCAGGUGCUGAAGGUCGCACAGAAUUUCGCCAUUCAAGUUGACAACCUUUGCCAGUUCCUGCCUCAAGACAAGGUUGCCGAAUUUGCUGCUCUCACUCCCAUUGCACUACUUCAUUCCACUCAGAGAGCAGCCGCUGGACAGGAUAUGAUCGAUCGACAUGAGGCCCUCAAGAAACUCCGUUCUUCUCAGAAGGAGGUUGAAUUGAGCAACAAAGGUGACAAGGAAGCACUCGCAAAUUUGGAGCACCGGCAGGAGGCGCAAAGAGCGGAUGUGGAGAGAAUGCGACAGAGAGCCGAAAUCCAACAGAAGAUCGACAAUCUGGAAUUCGUUCGUCCCUUUGUCGAAUACAAGGACUGGCAUCGGGACUUCGAUGAAUUGAAGAAGAAGAAGACUCAAAUUGAGGACGAGUACGCGCAACUCCAGGAGGACCUUAAACCUGCUUUGCAAGUUGUGAAUUCCAAAGCUGAAUACUUGGCCAAGAUCGGUCAUGUGAAAGAGAUGCGUCAAAAGCAGGUCCACCAAUUAUCCACCUUGGCCCAGACAAGCGACAAGAAGAUCCAAGAGCUCAGCAACUCAAUGAAGGAUCUUGAUACCAAAAUUGAUGGCGAAAGGAAAUCCGGCCAAAAACUCAAGGAAGAAGCCGGUGUAGUGACGCAAAAUAUGAACAAAUUGAAACGCCAACAAGCUGAAGAGGUGGUAGAGUUCAAUCCUGAGUAUUACAAUCAGAAACUGCACGACAAAAGGCUUGAGAAACGCGAAAUUGAAACAAAAGCCGGUGAAAUUAAUACCGCCAAACUCCCCUUGGCCCAAAAAGCUGCCCGGUUGGAGAGACAGAUCAAUGCAGAAAAACAAAAGCUGGAAAAGUUGAGCUCGCAGCAGGGCCGACAAGAAGGAAAACUGGAGAGAGCUUCCAGAGACACAUUGAAAGCCUACCAAUGGGUUGUCAAGAACCAAGACCAAUUCGAGCAAGAGGUGUUUGGGCCUCCUCUGCUAACUUGUUCAGUCACCGAUCCCAAGUAUGCCGACGCCGUCGAGUCUUUUCUCAGCAGAACCGACCUUACUGCAUUCACGACGCAAAGCAGAAAUGACUUUCGUACGCUACAAAGAGCGUUAUGUGGAAGUCUGAAACUGUCAGAUAUCAGUAUCAAGACUAUUACACAGCCGCUCGAAUCUAUGAGGCCUGCGCUUUCGGGCGACGAUCUCCAACGGCUCGGGUUUGAUGGGCAUGCAAGGGACUUUUUACAGGGCCCUGACCCCGUCAUUGCCAUGCUUUGCGCCGAGAACAACUUACAUAGGACGCCUGUCUCCUUAAAAGACAUUACAGAUGAAGCCUACGCCGAGCUUGAGCGUGGAAACAUUUCCACAUGGAUAUCUGGGAGGCACACCUAUCAGGUCACAAAGCGUCGGGAGUACGGUCCUGGAGCUACAUCAACUCGAGUGCGCGUCAUGAGACCUGCCCAAGCCUGGACAUCGCAGCCUGUGGAUUUGACUGCCAAACAAGAGUGCUUGAAUAAGAUUGGGCAGUGGACAGGUGAAAAAGAAGUGGUUGACAGAGAGAUGGAGGAACAGAGGGGUGAUAUGCAAAGGCUCGCCAAGGAAAGCCGACGGGUCAAGAAAGAAACGGAGGAUAUCGAGGCUGAGAAGGCUGAGAAGCAGUCUGCGUACACCCAUUACCGUGCAAUUCCUGAUAGAUUGGUCGCCCUUGAGGCCAAACACGAACAACUUAUGGAGCUCUUCGAAAAGGUGCGAGAGCAUGUUACUGAGAUGCGUAACCAGCAAGAUCAGAUUGCCAUUAAGAAGGCCGAGGCCACCAUUGAAUAUGCCGUCGCCGUUGAGAAGCUCAGCGAAGCUUGUGCAGAGCUCGUUAAAGUUCAAGUUCGACAUCUGGAGGCAGAGUCUGACCUCGAGGCUAUCAAGGGUCGGCACAGUGACCUCGGCAAGAUGUUAGAAGAAAAGCGCAGAGCGAGGAGUGAAAUUACGCAAGCAGUCAGGGAGGCAGUGAAUGAGGGCAAGAGAUUGAGGCAGAAUGCGAGGCGCACCUCCGAAGAAAUGAAAGACAGAGAAGGGGGCCAGGAGGUCCUGGACAUGAUAGCUCCAACCGACUACAACGUGGAUCAGUUCAAUGCCGACCUAGAUUCCGCCAAGGCGCACCUGGAGUUGACUCAGGGUGGCAGUGCGAACAUGAUCAAGGAAUUUGAAGAGCGUGAACGACAGAUCGCGAAGCUGCGCGACAAACUUGCUGGUUUCCAGACCAGGCUAGAUCAAAUCCAGGCGGGGAUCGAUGAGGUUCGUGGACAAUGGGAGCCUAGGUUGGAUGCUCUCAUCAGCAAAAUCAGCGAUGCCUUUUCCGACUCUUUCCAGCGCAUUGGCUGUGCUGGACAGGUCUGUCUGGACAAGGUGGUAGCUGAGAAUGCGAACGGCGAGCCUGGCGGUGCCGAGUUUGACCAGUGGUCCAUUCAAAUCUGGGUUAAGUUCCGUGAGAACGAGGACUUGUCCCUCUUGGAUUCCCAUCGUCAAUCCGGUGGUGAGCGCGCCGUGAGCACCAUUUUCUAUCUCAUGGCGCUUCAAUCGCUAUCGGCCUCACCCUUCCGUGUCGUUGACGAGAUCAACCAGGGUAUGGACCCAAGAAAUGAGCGCAUGGUUCAUGGCCGGUUGGUGGACAUUGCCUGUGCGUCGACCGAGGAGGAGAUCGACGAGGACGGCAAUCUGGUUGGCGGUGGCGGAGGUGGCCAGUACUUCUUGAUUACGCCCAAACUUCUCAGUGGACUAUCCUACAAGCCUGGCAUGAGAGUUCUAUGCAUCUACAGUGGCCAACAUAUGCCCGAAGGCGAAGCCAUCAAUUUCGGCCAGGCGAUCCGCAACAUGAAGGCGAUUGUCGCCCGGGGUGGACGGACCGCAGCCAACCACCAGCCCCUUGCAAGUGGAAACCAAGUCGAUGUCUCCGCCUGA